AACGACCGGAAAUGUACAAAUGUUGAGCGAGCGAGCUAACAUUUAGCUAACAUUAAAUUUGAUCUUGACCAACCGCAUCGAUUUUUAAUCAAACAGAGAGAACAUGGUUUGUGACAAGUGUGAGACGAAGCUUGGUAAAGUCAUCACACCUGACACGUGGAAGGAUGGGGCACGGAAUACAACAGAGGGUGGUGGGCGUAAGCUAAAUGAAAACAAGCUCCUGACAUCUAAGAAAGCCAGGUUUGACCCAUACAGCAAGACGGGCUUUGCUACCUGCAGGAUCUGCAAGAGCUCAGUUCAUCAGUCUGGGUCGCAUUACUGUCAGGGCUGUGCAUACAAGAAAGGAAUCUGUGCAAUGUGUGGAAGGAAAGUUUUGGACAUCAAGAACUACAAACAGACAUCAGUGUGACAGCGUGACGAUCACUGAACAGUUCUACGAGUGAAUAACAGAUGUGAGAUGGAUGUUUAUGUUUGUCAUCGUUCCACAAUGUCCUGUUCAAUCUUCAGCUGUAACUCUUUUGUGCUAUUUUUCUGACCUUUGUAAAAGAGAGAUUUUGAGCUGGCUUUUCCCUCUUAUUACGGAAUAUCAUAUGAUGUCCCCGGAGUUAUUACAGUGGCCGAACACGGGGAAUCACUGUCGUAUCUAAAUACACCACCUGUCAUCACCUGUUUCUCAAGUCCAGGCUUCUAGAUCUGUUUGUGUAUUUUAAAUUCAAUACUUAGCCUUUGAUUCUUUGUUGUCUCUAAAAAGUUAUUUUCUGUACGUAAUAUAUCACGUGUUGCGUUUUUAAGUGAAUUAAAACAUUCGAUAAGAAGAACACGUCACACGAUUAUAUUUUACCCCUGUCUGAUGCCAUAAAGGGUACAGAUUUAGCCUCUUUUGCACAACAUACUCAUAUUUCUCCUGUAUGCCUGUAAUAAUUGGUUUACUCUUACAUAAUCAUAUUUGGAAACUGCACACUGUGCUGCCAGGUGUGACCCCUCCUUCCCUCCUUCAUUGCUGUUGGCGAUAAAGGUUGCAGUUCACAGGUUGUCUGACGACAGACUCCUUUUGAUAUCUGAAGGCCUUGCUCUCCCUCAGGCCUGCAGCCACAUGUGCAUACACCUGUCCGUUUAUGACUUAAUGUUGUUGUACCACUGCAUAAAAUAACAUGAGUCUCUAGCUAAUACAUGUAGUAUACAGUAGGUAAUGAUGGGAUGUAGCAAAUGAGUCGGAAUAACCUUCUAAAACUACUUGUAUUACAAGUGACUCCAACUGGUUGUAUAAAUAUGUGGAUCUUCUA